AACCGACGAACGCACGUCAGAUAUACACAAAGAUUGGCAACGUUUAACAAAACUAAGCAGUACUGGAAGAGAAGCGGCACUCCACUUAACUCGUCCCUGAUACAAUUACAUUUACAAACGAGACAUUUCGCCAAAAAGAAGUCGACGCCGACGUCGCCAAUUGACGUGCGCAUAAGGGUGGAGGAGAAUUUCGGACUUAGAAAUUUAGUACAUAGAGGUAAAUGGGGUAUCAUGUUCAGUCUAAGGCUUAAGGACUUUUGUUUGGCGUGGGAGGCUAGCUGCGUGCACUGGCCGCUCCGCUGGGCCCCACCUGACCCCCUUCAACAACAGACGGGGCCAGACAACCUGACCCCAUUCAAUAAAGCCAGCUUUUCGUUUUCGUUUUCAUUUUCGAUCUCUCGUGCAUCACGUGGAUUUCGUCGUCCCGUUCGCAGCAGAGCGAGAGCCGCGGCGAAAUUCAGCCAGUCCUUAAUGAAGCUCCUUUCCGCGGACGACGUUGUGGAAUUAAUUAGGGAGCCGCUCUGGCCCAUUUAA